UCAAGACGCACGCCACCCUGCCUCUAUGUGGGCUCUUUGACAAUCCUUACGGUGUUUUGCCAGUAAGGAGGUUUUGGAGGGAGGACUUUUUUUUUUAAUUCCACUGUUUGAUGUGACUGUUUGCAUCGCCGAUUAUUGAGUCGAUUGUUUUGGCUGUUGUUACCCACCGCCCUGCGCGCAUUUCCCCCCUUCCCUUGUGCGCAUUUCCCCCUCCUUCCUUGCUUGGAUCGGCGAUCUACCACCGCUCGCCCCCAUGUCCUAUCCUCAGGGUUAUCUCUAUCAGCCGCCGGGCUCGCUGGCUCUUUAUUCGUGUCCGGCUUAUGGGGCCUCUGCUCUAGCCGCCCCUCGGAAUGAAGAUUUGGCGAGGUCGUCCUCCGGCUCCGCCUUCAGCCCGUAUCCUGGAUCGGCUGCUUUCUCCGCCUCGGCCGGUGCAAGCUUCUCCAGCCCGCUGUCAUACUCCACGGACCCCGCCACGGGAUUCCCAUCAUACAUGAGCUCUCCAUAUGACGCUCACACGGCGGGCAUGGCCGGGGCCUUGAGUUAUCAUCCAUACGGGAGCCCAGGGUAUCCGUACCAGCUCAACGACCCUGCUUACCGCAAGAACGCCACUAGGGACGCCACGGCCACCCUGAAGGCCUGGCUGCAGGAGCACAGGAAGAAUCCUUACCCGACGAAAGGGGAGAAGAUCAUGCUGGCCAUCAUCACCAAAAUGACCCUAACUCAGGUCUCCACCUGGUUUGCCAACGCCAGGAGGAGGCUGAAGAAGGAGAACAAGAUGACAUGGGCUCCCAGGAAUAAGAGUGAGGACGAAGAUGAGGAGGAUGGGGAUGCAGACAGGAAGGAUGUGGAGCGAUCAGAGAAGAACCUGGACAACAGCGAGGCUUCGGCGGAGGAUGAAGGUAUCAGUUUGCACGUCGACAGUCUAACGGACCACUCAUGUUCUGCAGAGUCAGACGUGGAGAAGGUGCUUUGUCGGGGGGGAGAUUUGGGUUCAGAUCACGCCGGGGACAAGUGUGACGAGGACGUGGAGGAGCAGAACCACGCCCCCCGCUUCCAGCUCUCUCCUAAACCCAUAACGUCGUCACCUCUGAUGGGGGUUGAAGCGCCAGUUUUCGCCCACCAGCACCAUCACCUUCAUCAUCUCCAACAGCUUCAACGCGAGGAUUUAGCUCGGAGCCUCGGCAUUAGCAGCAGCAUUAAUACCAACAAGUCUUGCCUUGAUAGUAGGCCGUCUACUGGGGUGUCUCAGAACCCGAAACCCAAACUGUGGUCACUGGCGGAGAUUGCUACCUCAGACCCAAAGCAGCAACUGGGCCAACCCAACUGCCCCUCCUCUUCUUCCUCCAGCGGGGGCCUCCUAACCCCCCCGACGUCCUCUGCAGCCUCUCCGUCUGCCACCUCGCCCUCCCUCUACCCGACCCCCUCCCUCAUCGGAAGGCCUAUUUAUUACACGUCCCCUUUUUAUAGCAAUUACACAAACUAUGGCAACUUCAGCCCCCUGCAGGGCCAAAGCAUAUUGCGCUACUCCAACUCCUCCGGGGUGAGCCUGGCUGCAGCAGCAGCCGCCGCCGCCGCCGCUGCUGCCGCGGCAGCCAACGAGGGUCUCGUCCCUCAUCAUGCUCCGGAGGUCGGCACGCAGCCCAAACAACAACACAGGGCCGACUCCCCUCUGAUGAAAAUGAACGCAAACCAGACUGGUGCUGGGGAGCAGCAGCAUUUCAGACCAGUACAUUUAGAAGCAAAGAAGGGCACGUAGAUCAGAGGGUGCUGUGUCACUUUUUGGGCUGAUCAUGGGUUCUAAUUGCCGCGUACAAUGUGCAAGUGCUGUUGUGCACACACUUGCGGUAGUUGAGAAACUUGGAAAUUUUGCAUCUCUCACUUUAGGUUCAUUGUAAUUAUCCAGGGUAAGCCAACAAUGCAUACAUGCACAUGCAUACACCUACUGUAUCAGUGAGGAUGUACUCGUGGAUUGACUUUGUAUGCUUUGGGGAUUUUAAUAUGCACUCAGUGUUUUGUCAUUUCUGGUAGUUGAUUGGUUCGAGUGGAUUUUUAUUUCCCUCAUCUGCAGGUAGGUGUCACACUUGCUUUGAGUAUAAAAGCAACGAGUGGACACCACCUUAAGUGUUUUAACCCCAUCACCUUUCCAUUCGAAGGGAUCCAGUGCCACCAUACAGCUGGGAUGAAACUGAUUCCCUUGCCCCACUCAGCUGCACACACGUUUGAACGAUUAUUCUAACUUUGUGACACUUUAAAAAAAAUGUAUGCAAAAUAUAAUGGUUUGUUCUCCCGACAUAUGUGAUUUACACAUUAUUUACACAUUAUUUCUCAGGUUCCUAUAGGUUUGCUUAUUUGUCACAGUAUGUCAUUUCAGUAUACAUUUAUGUGUGAAAACAAAAUGUGGCUGUCUUCUUUUAUUUUUUCUUAUUAGUUUUGUUUUGUUUUGUUUUGUGUUUUUAGAACGGGACAUUAAUGCAGUGAAUGAGCCUGAAGAGAACCUGCGAGGACUUCAAAGUUGAAUAGCCUACAUUUUGAUAUUUAUUUUUUUAAAUGACGGCGGAAUUAUGCCUAUAAUUUAUGCAAGUUGUAUUGCAAAAACAGAAAAAAGAAAAAAUGGCAUCUGAUGUCUGUUUUUGUAAAUAUAUAAAUAUAUAUAUUAAUGGUUUUUAUUUGAAUUUGGGAAAAGCGACACAAUCUUGCUAUUACUCCUGCUAAUUUAUAUCUUUGAAUGUAAAUAGAAAUGAAAACAAGCGCUGGUAUGGGUAUACUGUAUAGGCUUGAUAUGAUAUCAGCUAUUCAAAGGAGAAAAUAUUAAACUGUUUUCCCAGCUGUUACAU